UUCAGCGUCGGCGCUCGCUCUGCUCUGUACAAGCUCACGCGCUUCAGAUCUGUCCCGGAAAUAAUAACAACAAUCAUCGAUAUAAUAAUAAAUAAUAAUAAUAAUAAUAAUAAUAAAGGUAGGGGAGAUGGCGGCUGAGCAGGAGGUGAUGAUCAAGCUGGAGAGCAUUAAAGAGAUCCGUAAUAAGACGGUGCAGAUGGAGAGGCUGAAGGCGCGUCUCCGCUCUGAGUUCUCCACGCUGGAGAGCGAGGAGAAACACCUGCGCGAGUACAAACAGGAAAUGGAGCUGCUGCUGCAGGAGAAGAUGGCGCACGUCGAGGAGCUCCGCCUCAUCCACUCCGACAUCAACGUGAUGGAGAACACCAUCAAGCAGUCGGAGUGUGAUCUGAGCAAGCUGCUGGAGUCGACUCGGAGGCUGCAUGAGGAGUACAAACCGCUGAAGGAUCACAUCGACACGCUGAGAGCCGCGCUCGGCCUGCGGAGACUUCCGGAACUCAGCCGCGAGGAGGAGCGGCUGUCCCUCGAUUACUUUGAGAAGCAGAAAGCCGAGUGGCAGACGGAACAUCCCGAUCCUCCAAUCCCAGAAUCCUUAGCGGCGGCGACAGCCCAACAGCUUCAUGCGGUGAGGAAACAAGACUCACGGCAACCGGCAACCGCGUUCCGACAGCAACCGCCACCCAUGAAGGCGUGUCUGUCGUGUCAUCAGCAGAUCCACCGGAACGCCCCGAUCUGCCCCCUGUGUAAAGCCAAAAGCCGCUCACGCAACCCCAAGAAGCCCAAGAGGAAACCCGACGAGUAACACACACACACACACACUCACGCACACAUACACACACUCACGCAUACACUCACUCACACACACACACACACACACAAAACACUACUAUCAUAUAAGGUAUUAAAGAAGACGGUGUUGUGGGAUGUGGAAACGGAGCGGCGCGGUGCAGGAGUGUAAAUAGUUUAAUAAUAACACUAACGUUACACACUAACGUCACACACUCGUCCUCUUGUUUCUCCUCUUUCUGUGUUUCAUCAUUUCACUUUUAGUUUUCUGUUGGACUUUUAGUUUUACUUGGAUUACUAAAAUUAAAUUAUUUUUUAAAAAAGUUUGUGUUGUAGUUAAAAACUCCCUCCUGUGGUGUGUGUUCUGAGUUGUGCGUGUGUGUGUGUGUGUGUGUGUGUGCUGGUGAUGUUUUUUUACUGCUAAUGAAGGAUUUUUUUUUUCUAUUUUUUUAAGUUUUUUUGUAGUAUUAAUAAGGGUUAUGUUUAUGUGUUAGUUUCUUCCUUGUGAAUAAAUGUUUAUAAUGUAUUUCUCUAAUGGCUGAAUUAAUAAUAUUUUUUAUUUCAUGUUUUAAAUGUAAGUUUUUUUUUUAUCUAAGUAUUCUUUUUUUCAGUAUUUGAAUAUGGAUGUAUUUUUUCUCUCCUCACUUCCUGACUUGUUUUCAGAACACGUGUAAGAUUAAAAGCUCUUUUAAAGCUUU